AUGCUCACGGGACAUUACAAGGGUAAUUGGAUAGCAAAUAUUAUACCGAAUCGAGUCAAGUCGAGUCCGUCGAAAGCUCCGGUAAGUUCUUCUCUUAAGACCGAACAAGAACAAGGAUCUGGUCGCUAUCCAGAAGCUGAGGUUAUCGAGUUAUCGCCGACAUCAUUAACCGCUACGAAUCACUUCGUAUGUGAGAUCUGCAAUAAGGGUUUUCUAAGAGACCAGAAUUUGCAGCUUCAUAGAAGAGGACACAACUUGCCAUCGACUCUUAAGCAAAGAAACAAGAAUGAAGUGGUGAAGAAUAAAGUGUACAUAUGUCCAGAGAAAAGCUGUGCUAAUCAUGACCCUUCUCGAGCUCUCGCAAAUCUGCACGCAAUUAAGAAGCAUUAUAGUCAGAAACAUGGAGAAAAGAUAUGGAACUGUGAAACGUGUCCAAGGAAGUAUGCGGUUCAAUCGGAUUGGAAAGCUCAUAUCGAGAUUUGCAGUAAUAGAGAGUACGACACUACAUUUAGUCACGAUAGGGUUUUCACAACAUAG